AGGAUGAAUAAGAGAUACUUACAGAAAGCAACAAAAGGAAAACUGCUAAUAAUAAUAUUUGUUGUAACUCUGUGGGGGAAAUUAGCAUCUGGGGCAAAUCAUCAUAAAGCUCACCAUGUUAAAACUGGGACCUGUGAGGUGGUGGCACUUCACAGAUGCUGCAAUAAGAAUAAGAUAGAAGAAAGAUCACAGACAGUGAAGUGUUCCUGCUUCCCUGGGCAGGUAGCAGGUACCACCCGGGCAGCUCCUUCUUGUGUUGAUGCUUCAAUAGUAGAGCAGAAAUGGUGGUGCCACAUGCAACCAUGUCUUGAAGGGGAGGAAUGUAAAGUUCUUCCAGAUCGUAAGGGAUGGAGCUGUUCCUCUGGGAAUAAAGUGAAAACAACUAGGGUAGGUAUGAUACCAACCUGACAUAUUACCAACAAGUAAAAAAAAAAAAAAUGUGCACAGGAAAUUGAAUACACAAAGAAGAUCAAAGUUAAGAAGACUGAAGAAGCAUGGGAAGAGAGUUGUACUGGGAUUGAACUUCCUGGUCCCUCACACUUCUCUCAGCAUACUUUUCAAUUGUUUGAACAUAGUAAGCUGUGUGCCAGACCUUCACAGGUAAGCACUGGGGAUAGUAGAGUUG